UCGUGAUCCGCCUGUCUCGGCCUCCCAAAGUGCUGGGAUUACAGGCCUGAGCCACCGCGCCCGGCCUGCCCUAAAGCUUUUCUUACAGACCUGUCAAGAAGCAGAGUUUGGACCCAUGCCUGCAAUGCCUGCUAGUUGGUCUUCUUGGGCUCUAGUAAAUAUUCAAACUUACAAGACUGUCUUAGUCCACUGUGGUACCAGCCUACUCAGACGGAUAGAGUUGAGGGACCUAAUUUACCAGCAGGGCAGUGUCAGGCCUUCCUCUUUUGCAGAGUCUUUGAUGCAGGCCAUACAGUUCAGGUACAAUAAUAAGAGAUACACAUUAGAGUAAGGCUGGGAGCUGCCGUAAAUUAAAAGCUUCGUGUCCCAAAAGAUCCAAUUUAUCAUGUUAUAAUUUUGUAGACAAAGCUUCUAGGGUUGAGUCAAGAUACAGGCACAUGAGAAGGAAGCCCAAGGCGUGCAGUCUCUGUAAGAUACUUAUUACAGUUCACUUACAGUUCCUUCCAGUCAAGAUGCAAUUUGCCAAUCAGGAGUCUUUUUUUUUUUUUUUUGGUCUAGAAACAUAGUUGAUGUUCUCACCCUUCUCAGGUUGGUAAGGAAAACAGCUAGGAAUUUUAACUGUAGGUCAAAUUCUCAUGCAGAGGGAGAAAGGGUUCUGCUAACACUUUUCCUAUACUGACCCUUGUGGAAAUAACUUCUAACUGAAUGAGCUCAUUCAUUGAUUGUGCUAGCCAACUUUAUCACAUCUUAAUUACAGCACUUCCUCCUACACAGAACCCAACAAGUUGGUAUAGUACAUUCUGGAUAGAGUCUGUUACUAUCUAAUUCUGGGAUUCCUGCUCUUUUGGCCACAUUUAUUUCUUAUGGUUUACUCUAUAUUAUUUAUUUUAUUUAAAUGUGAUGUUAGUAAUACUGUAACUUCACUUUAAUGCAGCCAUCUACGGAUAAUUAAUUGGAAAUCUGUGCUAUAAUUUUCCUUUUAGUCAUAGUCUUCCUGGCUCAUUCUGUUUGCCUAUUUAACUGAUAUGUGGGCAUGCCUCUAUCAGUGCCUGUUAGUUUUGAAUAAAAAGCUUCUGUAAGCACCUGGGCACAAGGUCAGAGAAUUUCUCCAGGCUUGCCGUCCUGUCAUCUGUCUUAAAGGGCCUCAUGAAUGUGUUCCCCUCUUCUGGACCUGAUUAUCAUUAUAUCUUAGCUCCUUUUUCUUGUCUAUUUCUAUCUGGACUUGGCAGUAGGACUUUGUGCUGUACCUUGAUGCUAAUUUGGUAACAUAUGUGGCCGCAUCCAGGAUUGCACCUUGGUUUCAUUCAGCUGCUGGAGUAGAUAAGAGAUGCCAUACUCUUACAUUCACCUGUGGUCCGCCAUAAUAUCAUUUGCCAGGUAUAUUGUGCCAUUUCCCAUCUGAGCAAGUACAGAGAAAUCCAGCAAUGAGAUGCCUAGCUGUUUGGCUCACAAAACUGCAACCAAUGCAUUACUGUGUAUCUCAUUUCAGGGUACGUGGAUUGACAGUUAAAUGCCUAAGAGAAAAUAGCCAUAUGUGAUCUAAACAUAAACCCAGGUUUAUAAAGGAAACACCUACAAGGGUUGACUUAAUUUUUUUUAAGAAAAACCAGAACAUAGCAAAUGGUUAUGGCACAAAUCUAUGUAUGUAGAUAGAGAAUGCAAAGCAAAGGGUAUCAGAAAGGAUGGGAUUCAUUGAGAAAGGUUUUUUCAAGGAGAUAUUGGGUCUUUGAACUUGAUCUAUUAGAUCACUGUAAAUCACUGUAGGUGAGUCACUAAGGUUGAAGAGUGGCAUUGGCAUGGCCAGAAUUACAGUUGGAGAAACCGGUUGUGGCAGCAACAGAUUAGAGGAGAGAGAGAAAUUGGAUUCUGGUCAUCUAUGAAUAUGAGGCUAGAAGGUGGGUGGGUAGGAGUGAGCAAUGAGGAUUUCCGCCAUAUUCUGGCAUUUUUAUGAAGAAAAACUUUACCGUAAAACAGUGACAGAAACAUUGCUGGACUCGAGCUCUCCGAUUUGGAUUCUAAGUUUUUGGAGCCUGUUGUGACUCCUCCCUCUCACCCUCCUGCUCUUGGAGGAUUGGACUCCCAGGAUCACCUAGGCUCGCUGUAAUUAGGCAUGUCUAGGAAGAACAGGAUACAAAUGAAGGAAUAGUAAUGCAAUCCUUGGAAGAUUUGCAUCUCAGUAAAAGCAGCUGGCCCUUAGAUCAUGGAUGGCUCAUUUGCCACGCUGGGGAAAAAUUAAAAAGGAGAUGUCCUUCCUGGCUAGAUACUGGUGUCUGUUUAUACAUUUUGGUAUUUCUCCUGCCCCCACUAUCAGCACCACAACUGCUGAAUCCUCAAUGAGUAAAGAUGCUUUGGUUAUUCCAUUUCUCUGCUAUUAUUGCCUCAGUUAUUUUAAAUUUUGUAGGAAUCAUUAUGAGUCUGUUUAUUACAGUGGUCAAUUACAAAACUUGGGUCAAAAGCCAUAGAAUCUCCUCUUCUGAAAGGAUCCUGUUCAGCUUGGGCAUCACCAGGUUUUUUAUGCUGGGACUAUUUCUGGUGAACACCAUCUAUUUCGUCUCUUCAAAUAAGGAAAGGUCAGUCUACCUGUCUGCUUUUUUCGUGUUGUGUUUCAUGUUUUUGGACUCAAGCAGUCUCUGGUUUGUGACCUUGCUCAACAGCUUGUACUGUGUGAAGAUUACCAACUUCCAACACUCAGUGUUUCUCCUGCUGAAGCGGAAUAUCUCCCCAAAGAUCCCCAGACUGCUGCCGGCCUGUAUGCUGAUUUCUGCUUUCACCACUUGCCUGUAUAUCACGCUUAGCCAGGCAUCACCUUUUCCUGAACUUGUGACUAAGAGAAAUAACACAUCCUUUAAUAUCAGUGAGGGCAUCUUGUCUUUAGUGGUUUCUUUUGUCUUGAGCUCAUCUCUCCAGUUCAUCAUUAAUGUGACUUCUGCUUCCUUGCUAAUAUACUCCUUGAGGAGACAUAUACGGAAGAUGCAGAAAAAUGCCACUGGUUUCUGGAAUCCCCAGACGGAAGCUCAUGUAGGUGCUAUGAAGCUGAUGAUCUAUUUCCUCAUCCUCUACAUUCCAUAUUCAGUUGCUACACUGGUCCAGUAUCUCCCCUUUUAUGCAGGGAUGGAUAUGGGGACCAAAUCCAUUUGUCUGAUUUUUGCCACCCUUUACUCUCCAGGACAUUCUGUUCUCAUUAUUAUCACACAUCCUAAACUGAAAACAACAGCAAAGAAGAUUCUUUGUUUCAAAAAAUAGCGGAAUUUCAGUAAACAAUACCUAGAUUCACCUGAUGGUUUGGGGGCAAGGUUUUCUGUUGGCAGUUUUCCCAAUGGUCUGAGGAAUUCAGUUUUGUGAUUGCUGAUCUGACUCUUAGGCUUUUGAGUGCCUGAUUUUCAGCUCAUUCUGUAAUUGUUUUUGGUAUGUAAGUAUUUUAAAAUAAGGCACAUUCUCUAAGAAACUUUUUUGAGGCAUGUAUUUAUCAUGUGUUUUGCAUGGCCAUUGAAUCCAUGGAUAAUGGAAAUCAUCACAUUGUUUCAUUGUCUAUUAAAGUAUAAUGGGAAAUUCUUCCACAUUAGAGAAUACAUUGGGGUGCACAUGAUGAGUUAAAUGUUUGUGGUUUAGCUACAGAGCCCUGAGUAAGGGCUCAGCAGUGGAUAGGUGGUCACUGGGAGCCACUAGACUGACUGAAGGCAGAGGAAUUGGGGGCAGUGCAAAGAGAAAAGGAAAAAAGGUUUCAGAGAGAAAAGAAGGAAAAAGAAAGGUGAAAAGAACACUGUGGGACAAGACAGAAAAAGUGUCCUCACACUUGCUGGGUAACAGUAACUGAACUCUUCCUUCCGCUAAGGUUUCUAGGCUUGUUCUGGAAAAGAGGAUAUUGCCAGAGUUGGUAAGUAGAGGGAAGUGAUUAGUAUUUAAGAAACUGAAUCAAGAAUGGUUCCAAAAAUCUUAAAAUCCAGGGGAGCCAGCCUAAGCUCAAAGGCAAGUGCUAGAUAAUCAAAUUAACACCAUAUGAGUACAAAUUUACAAAAUACUGUACCUCACCAUAGGAUAUGGAACUCAGUGGAAAGCCAAAGAAGCACUGGACAGGUAGGGGGAGUGCUUGACUUGUGAUGAAUUUAUUUCAUCUGUUUAUGCAUUUGUGCAUAGCACAGUUCUUCUGCAGAAUGUUGUUUCUGUGGUUGGGACAAUAGGACUGUGGCUCCAAAAGAACAAGAGUCUGAAGAUGGGAUGUUGACAAGUUUUGGAAUGUGAAUUGGGAAAUCAUAAUUUGUAUUUAUUUAGGUAUUUUUGGUGUUCAUAAAAUGCUUAUGUAAUAUUUACAUAUGUCAAAUAAAUCUUAAAAUUUUAUAAAUUACAUGACUUUUCUCAUUCUGAUUACCAGAAUCUUGACUGCAACAUUUAGUAAAAAUUUCCCAAGCCAAUAUUUUGUGCUGUGAAACCUGGAGGUAUUCAUCAUGUUAAAUCCUAAAAGAGAUAAAAGGAUUACUGAGAGUGACUAAAUGCAUGCUAUGUCUUAUGAACCCUAAAUGAGUGGCAGACACCCUCAUUGGUCCCUCAGUAUCUGUUCUUUCUCCUCUCUUCCAUAGUAAUCAAAUCGUUAGCUGUUCAGAAUUUUGGCAGCAAAUUCCAUUAUUGCCACGAUAUGAGCAGAAAAGAUGUAUAUAAUUUCUAGGUGGUGCUUCAGAGCAGUCCUGCCUUCCCUUCUUUAAUCUUUUCUUCAUUACUCUCUCCAUGAGCUGGAAUGCUGACGUCAUGAUUGUCUAUCUUGGACAAUGCAGAUGAGGUAGAUGCUUGCGAUAGUGGAGUAAUUCUCCAUCCUAGAGCUGGCUCCAUGUUUCUUGACACUGUGGACUUGUCACACCAGCUCUGGACUGCUCAAGCCUGAACUCGGGGACUGUUUAUGAGAAAUCAUUGUCUCCAUUCUUUCAGGUGCUGGAUUUUUGGUCUCUGUUACCUUAGUCAAAUAACCUAUGCUAUACCUUAAAUCUAUACAAUAAUACAUAUCUUUAUGAUGAAAUAGUAUGUAGUUACCAUCUUAUAGUCAAAGAACAUUUUUAUAUGACCUGCUAUGUGAAAUUGACAUAAAACCUGUACACGUGGUAUAAUACCUUUUUUUUGGUAAAAAUGUACAUAUGAAGAAAAGUCUAAAAGGAAAUGUAUAAAAAUGUAAACAGUAAUUAUUUUAAGUGGGAGGAAUCAAGUAAUCUUUUUGU